UGCAUCAGCAAAAGCAGCAAAGAAAAAAAAAUAUGUAAAACAAUUGAAUAAUUAUUGUUAGUUGUAAAGUGCAAUGCUUUUUGUGACGUUCCAUGGGGCAGUAAAACUGUGCUUUUAUUAUUACUAAGUAUACUGUAUAGAAAGUGCGUAUUUGUGGUGUAUAGAUGUAGGCAUGGUGGAAACAACAAAAUUUGGCAAUUUGGAGGCCUACACUUAUCUCCUCGUGACGCUGAGUAUAACGCUUACGUUAAUUGUAAUGUUUUUUAAUUGUCUCUGCUGUAAGAAAAGAAUACCAAAAAAUGACUUGCUUGGCUUGGAGGGCAUGGUUAAGCUGAAGAACCCGGACGAGAUAAUUGUGGUGAGCAGCAACAAUGCAAAUAAUGGAAUGAAUAAUGUUGCAACUAGCAACAGCCUGGUGCACAACAGUGAGUCACAAGCAGAGCUAAAUGCAUCUACAGUCUCAAAUGCUGACUCAGAAAAGAGAUCCAGCACGGCGGCACAUCGCAGCCUGCCGGAUAUUCCCGUGGCGGAGCACAACGAUAACGGCUCGGAGUUGUAUGAAACCGUUGCCGACAAGCAGCUUGCAAGUGCGCACAAUCAGAGCCCUCAGCCGAGUCUCAAGAAGCAAACAAGCGUCUCACAGCACAGUUCCAUCAGUCAGGCGGAUGAUGUUAGUUCCCCGUACUCGCGUGUCAAGGGCUUGCCACAUGACUAUGCCAAAGUGCGUGCCACCGAGCAUCCGUAUGCCCAGCUGAAUGCACCGUCCACUUCCAAUGCAGCUGUUGCAGCCGCAUCUUCGACAGCAACUGCCAGCAGCAAAGCUGCCAGCUCACAGCAUGGCACAGAUUCAUUGCCACGUGGCUCCCAGCUGAGUUCCGGCUCCACACAACACUUGAACGAUGAGCUGACGCCGCAGGUGGAAAUUCCAGCUGCUUCGGCCAUUGCAGGCAUGAUUUCGGCCAGUCAGGAUCUGCCUUAUAUGACACCGCCCAUUGCAAAUCAACAUUUCAGCGGCGAUUCACAAGAUUCUUCCAAGGGAUAUACUAGCAUCAGUGUGCGAGAACCUUUGGCCAACAUUCUCGCCCAGCAGCCUCCAAGUAAAUUGACGGCUAGAAAUGCAACGCUUACCCGUGAUGUCAAUGAUUCGCACUAUGCAACUGUCUCUGAUGAUUCGGAUGAAACCUAUGCGGCAAUUGAGGAUCCUAAUAAUCGUCACAUUCCAAAUGCCACCGAUAUUUACACCAGCGGCUCAGAAACCUAUGCACAAAUCCAGCCCAUGCAGGCAAAUCCCAUUGUUGUCGCCGUCGAGAUCAACAACAGCAGCAGUUUAUCAGCAGGCAAUGCUUCCCAAGCGAGCAGUGGACAGUUGCCACCAUUAAAUCAAAGCACAGGCAGCGCAUCCUCGCAUAGAGUGAGCAGCAGCAGCAUGGAGCAUGCUGGACCUGUGCCUCCACAUGUGGACAGCUUGCGCGCACACAUGCACUCACGACAGGCUUCCUCAUCGUCAUCGGUGUGCAACUUGGGCUCACCCAAGCCAGAGAAACGUCAGGCCAACUCACCGUUACCGCCAACUCCUAAAGCAAGUCUUACCCAAUCUCAGGGGCAACAUCAUCUGCACUCGGCGGCAAGCAGCAGCAAUUUAACAUCUGGACGCAGCUCGGUUAUAUCUGUUAUUGAAGCAACUAUUGAAGGCAGCAAUGAUUCAACUGAAGCUAGCGAUGCAUCGCCACAGCGCAAGCACAGCAAGAGUCUAAGUCCAUCUAAAGAUGUGGAGGGCAACAGGAACAUUGAGGGCAUGUAUGCCAAGGUGAUGAAGAAGCACAAAUUCUCCUCGCAUCCGCCGGAUACGCUAGGCGUCAGUCCCCUGGACAGUGCGGCAGCAGCGCUUCUGAUGGACACACAGAAGCUGGCGACACCUGGCGAUAAAAGUCGCGUGCGCAGUAAUAGUUAUACUGCCAAGGAUCAUGGCUAUGAGACGAUACCAGCGGAUGGACAGAACCAGUUGCCGAAUCAGCUGUCAAAUGAGAAUCGCAAGUCGGAUUGUUAUGCGGCCAACAUGCUGCAAAAGGAGCGACAACAGGAAGCAGCAGCUUCGAGUCAGACACAACAGAACAACAGCAGCGUCCAGUUGCCAACAAAUACGCCCAGCAAAAGCACAAAGCACUAUGAGACUAUAAACUGCCCACCGUGUCCGCCAUUGAGCAACAAUGAUCCUGGCUAUGAGCAGCUGCAAGCCACGCCCCACAUUAAUGACGAUGAUGCCAAAAAGUCCGACUAUGAUCCAAACUAUGAGGUGCUCAAGAGUCGCGCCCAUUCAGAUGAUGGUUAUGCCAAAGUGCUGGAGAAGAAGCGUCCAACUGUCGAUGCGGUUGAUAGCAGUGGCGGUUAUAGCACCAUACCAGGCGCGGAUGCGAAUCAUAAUUAUGCCAGCAUAUUGGAAACGAAGGCACAUUUGACAGCUGCUCCUAAUGAAACGGAUCAUUAUGCGCGCAUUGCCGAAAAUGCCGCCAGCACGCCCGGAAGUAGUCAACCCAUUACACCGAAUUCAACCUCAAUGGUUAACAGUCUGUCCAUGACGACCAGCAACAGCAACAGCAAUGUGAGCACCACGCCCGUAUCCUCGCAAUAUGAAUCCUUGACGGGCACGGGCAGUGAAACGGAUCCCAACUAUGAAUCUGUAUGUUAUUUAAAUGUAACAACCACAACAAAUACCAGUAGCAACAACAGCAGCAGCAACAGCAACAACAGCAGCAGCAACGACAACUCGGAUCAUGCCUAUGAACGUCUGGAAUCGGAUAAUAAUACACAGACGAGCAGCCCGCUUAGUCCAGAGAUGCAAAGCACCACGCCCAGUGAACAGCUGCUGGUGGAUGAUUACUUUCAGGUGUAACACCAUUGAGCUGGAUCUCCUUCAACACUAACGUCAACCUAUUUUGCUUAGCAAUUUCAUUCUUUUAUAAAAACGCACAUAUCACAUAUUUUUUGAAUGCACAGCAAUCGCACAGUUCAUUGACCUGCUCCCCAAGAAAUGCAUGCUUCAUAUCGGUUUGCUCUUUAGACCUUAGCUAGCUUAGAGUAUAAGUUUAUAAAUAACAGAAUAACAAAAGAA